AUGGAGACUAGAUGUAGUGGUGAUAAUGCAAAAAAGGCUAUUAGAAGUUUUGGGUUUAAUUUUUAUCAUAUAGAAGAGGCUCAGGGAUAUAGCGGAGGUAUUUGGAUUAUGUGGAAAGAUCCGGAUUUGGACAUAAGAGUUGUCCAAUCCAAAAUGCAAUUUGUUCACAUGAUUAUGAAAAAUGGCUCUAACGAAUCUUGGGCUCUAACGGCUGUGUAUGCUAGCCCUCAAGAAUCAAGGAGAAAGGAGUUAUGGGUAGAGUUGAAGAGGAUAAGUGUUACCUUAACUGGAGGGUGGCUAGUAGUAGGAGACUUUAAUGAUAUUGCUCACCCAACAGAGAAGCAAGGAGGUAGUAGAGUUGACUUGGGUGCAAGAUCUAAGAGUUGGAUAGAAGGUUGUUCACUCAUUGAUUUAGGAGCAGUAGGAGCCAGAUUCACUUGGAGAGGCCCCCAAGUUAAUGUGUUAGCCAGAACAAAUUCUAAUCAUCACCCGUUGCUGAUCAAUACAAAGCCUCAAGCUAAUACAAGAAUAGAAAAGCCUUUUCGCUAUGAAGCCAUGUGGAGUAUGCACCCUGGACAUAAGGAAUUCAUAAAACAGGCUUGGGACAGCAACCAACCACUGACAAUAGUGCUUAAUGAGACAACGAGGCAACUGAUAAAGUGGAAUAAAGAUGUGUUUGGACAUGUUGGAAGGCAGAAGAGAAGAAUUAUUAACAGGAUUGAGGGCAUACAAAGAGCUUCUAGCUAUGGGAAAAAUCCAUUCUUAAAAAAACUAGAGGCGAAGUUAAAUGAAGAAUUAGAAGACAUUUUAGACAAAGAUGAAGUUUUGUGGAUGCAGAAGUCUAGAGAUCUUUGGGUGGUGGAUGAAGACUACAAUACCCAAUACUACCACACUAGAACAGUUAUUAGGAGAAGAAGGAAUAAGAUCUUGAAAUUGAAAGACCAACAAAGAGAUUGGAUCGAAAAAGAUGAAGAUUUGAAAAGACAUGCCAUUGAGUUCUUUAAAUGCUUAUAUGAGGAAGAAAAUGAAACUGGCAGUGGCCUUGUGACCCGAAGCCAAUAUCCUCCUUUGGAACCUAGCAUCAAAAAGCAGAUUUACAGGAAAAUCAGGGAAGAAUGA